AUGAGACCGGUGAGCAGAGUCAUCACCGCUGCCGGAGAUUCUCUUUCAGAGGCGGCGCUACUACUGUUGAGAGAGAAGAGAGACGGUGGGAAGAGUCUUUCAGGGGCGAUGCUGCUACUACUUGAACCUUUUUUGAACAUGUCUGGUCUACUAACGGGCCAUGCAGGGAGCCUGAAACACAAACCUGACCGGGCAAGACCGAUCUACAUUUCUGUUUUGAAGAGCAGAAGUUUUAACCCAAAAAUGAUGCUCAAAGAAUCCUUUCACAAGAUAAAAAACUUUAUUCAUAGAACUUUCAGAAACCUUAAAUCAUCACUCCAAGGAGAUUACCAAAAACUACCUAAAACUCCUCAUGUCAAUCCUCUCUUCUAUCCCAAAAUGCAGGAAUUGGAUAAUUUCUACAGAGAUUUCUCCCAACAUUGGGAUUCUGAUCAUAACAAGUUGCUGAAGAAAAAGAAAAGGGGUCCAUUUUUGGUGAAAGAAAUAAGAAAGAGAGAUGAAAAAUCAUCAUGCAGUGGAAGCUACAUGAAUGGUGCAAGAAAAGAAGAGAAAAAGACAGAUGAAUCGAGUACCGUGUGCCAGACAUGCAUGGAAGGGAAACAAGUGGAUUCCAGUUCUCAGAUUGUGAAUGGUUUAGCACAGAAGAUGAAAGAAAUGGAAAAGUUUGAUAUGAAUGAUUUGAAUCAUGUGAUGGAUAUGGAAGAGGGAGUUGUAUCCUUCACAACCCUCGGUCGACCACUAAAUUCGACUACCACAUAUAGGAAUAUGUUGAAAGUGAAGUUUGAAUGUAUUUCUACAAAAACUUUCACAAUGGCCGAGGACAAUGCUGUUACAGUCUACGGAAGCAACGCCGCAAUUACUGAUACCAAGAAGAACCCAUUUUCAAUCAAAGUCGGGAUGGCCCAGAUGCUCCGGGGUGGCGCUAUUGUGGAAGUCACCACCGUUGAGCAAGCCAAGAUCGCCGAGUCCGCCGGCGCUUGUUGUGUAAUUGUAUCGGAUCCACCCAAAGAUGGAAUUUCCCGCAUGCCUGAUCCGGCCCUGAUUAAAGAAAUUAAGCAAUCCGUCUCAAUUCCUUUAAUGGCUAAAGCCCGGGUUGGGCAUUUUGUGGAGGCUCAGAUUUUGGAGUCCGUAGGAGUUGAUUACAUUGAUGAAAGUGAGGUUUUAGCCAUAGCUGAUGAGGAUCAUUUUAUUAAUAAGCAUAAUUUUGGGACGCCCUUUAUUUGUGGGUGUCGCGAUCUGGGAGAGGCGUUAAGGAGAGUGAGAGAAGGGGCGGCCAUGAUACGCACUCAAGGUGAUCUGAAGGGAUCUGGGAAUGUAGUUGAGACGGUUCGUGGUGUGAGGAAAGUGAUGGGCGAGAUUAGACGAUUGAAUAACAUGGACGAGGAUGAGGUGUUUACGUUUUCUAAGCAGAUUAAAGCGCCUUAUGAUAUUGUGGCACAGACGAAGCAAAUGGGGAGGCUGCCGGUUGUCCAUUUCGCUGCUGGAGGUAUAGUGACGCCUGCUGAUGCUGCACUGAUGGUGCAAUUGGGAUGUGAUGGAGUAUUCUUAGGACCAGAGGUAUUCAGUGUUGCUGAUCCUUACAAGAAGGUUCGGGCUAUUGUGCUGGCUGUUAGGAGUUACAAUGAUCCUGUGGAGCUGGCACAGGCGAGCAGUGGUUUAGAGGAUGCUAUGACAGGGUUAAAUCUUGGUGAGAAUAGGGUCGAGCCAUUUGGUGCUGCAAUAAAGAUCGCCCCAUUCACAAUGAAGACUCUGGCAAAUGUAGUUCCUAAACCUCGCCAAAGAACGCUGGAGUCUCUCACACUUCUCUUGAAGCUUUCACUAAUGCCCAUGGACUUGAUUGAGAGGAAUUUGACUGAGCCUGAAUUCUGGGGGAGGGAAGGGAAGAGUAGGGAGGGAGUUGCGGGCGGUGGGGGUGGUGGUGGGAGGAGGAGGCAGGGAGAAGGGAGAAGGGAAGGAGGGGAUGCCGACAGGGAGGGAGGAGUGGAGGAGGCGACGAUCGGUGGUGGUGGUAGUGGGAGGAGGGAGUCCUUGAUCGGGUCGAUUCUGCCCCGAUUCAAACUAAACCGGGUCUCUCUUCCAAGCUCUAAAUGGGGCUCCUACUCGUGGAUCCGGACCCGCUGGGACCGGCAGAGGAGAGAAGCCCAAAUUCAGAUAGGGGAACGCGCGCCGCCCGUAAUGGCAUUGCUGCUCUCAAUAUCUUCGACUCCUAAAACGACGUUUUUUCUGUAUCCCUCUCCUUCUUCAACCUCAUCCGCAACUGGGAUACCAUCGACGGCGUCGUCUUCAAAGGCUCUGUUGCUGCCUCUCAGAAGCAUUUGCGCUCGGAUUUCGACAAGUGGACACCGGAGGUCAUGGACUGUAUGUAUGGCACCUGAUGAAGAGAAGAUGACUCGUCGUUCCCCUCUUGAUUUCCCAAUCGAGUGGGAUAGGCCAAAGCCUGGACGAAGGCCUGACAUCUUCCCCCAAUUCAGCCCAAUGAAAACUCCAUUACCACCGCCAAUGCCAGCUGAUCCUCCAGAAGAAGACGAGGAGGAAGAAGAAGAAAAGAAAGAGGAAGAGGAGGAGGAUCCUGAAAAGCAAGACCCUGACAAGCCCGAACAAUAA